CCAGUGACCAUUGGCGGGAUCCAGUCCGAGCUGCGCGGCGGAGUUUCUGGGAUGAGCGUCUGCAGCUCCGGCCGUACGCUGGUUGCGCUGUAGCUCCGUGAUGAAACGCACCACCAGUCUGAGCCUUUUUUAGGUAUCUUCUCUGACAGAAACAGCGCGUGCCGGAGUCUCGAGCAGACCAUGGGGUUCGCUUCUCUUUGUCCCGUUUCCUGCCUCGUCCUCUGGAUGAGCGUCGUCGCGGCUAGCGUGGAACCGCCAGCCAACGUGACCCUGCACUGCCAGAGUAUGAACAACGUCUUAAAGUGGGACUACGACCAGAUCACCCCGGGACUCAGGUUCAGAGUGGACAUCGGAGCCUAUUACAAGACAAAUGUAGACGGUUUCCGUAACGUCUCCUGGGUGGAGGCUCCCGCUCGCGAGGCCGAUCUCUCCUUCCUGUCGGAUCCAUCAGAAGCGUAUUUUCUCACGGUCACUGCUGUGGACGGCGACCAGGAGUCCGACCCCUCGCCGUCCGAGGACGGAAUCACCUUCAGCUACUUCAAGGACGCAGACGUGAACCACAUUUGUUUCGUGGAGCUCCCGUCAGUCAACGUCACGGCGCAGCCUCACGACAGCGUCCUGCUGCGCUUCCAGCACCCCUGGCUCAUGCUGCACAGGGAGGUGCUCGGCGAUCGACCGGCAAAAACCAGGAAGAAGAAAAGCCACGACGCCCUCCUGAGCGACGACCUGCCCGUUUUCGAUUACAGGGUUGCCAUCGUCAACCAGGAGAAGCAAGAUCACCACUCCUACCUCUGCGAGGAGGAGGUGUGUGAGGAGUCGCUGCCGGUCGACCCUCAGCAGAAGGAGCACUGCCUGACCAUCAGCGGAGACCUGGAGCAGAUGGUGGUGAAGGGGGACCAGGUCUACUGCGCUCUGCCCUUUGAGAUCCCUCCGUCUGACGAUCACACGUACACCUUCGUCUUCGUCGCCGUGGGCUUGUUGACCGUUGUACUUGCGCUUGUCCUCCUCAUGUACUUUCGCAAAAAGACUAAAGCCUACAGUGAGACUCCGGAUCCUCUGAUCUUCAGCAGCCCGUCGUCGCCGAGGACCUUGGAGGUUGAGCCGAGCACUUUGACGGGGGUGGAGGUCGUUGCGUCCACUCCUCUGACAGAGGUCGAGCCUGACGUCCCAGACUUCAUAGCUUUCACCCCUCCCGCCACCGACUCCUCGGACUACACCCACCGCCGGCGCCUCGGCCUGCCGUCCGAAGACGAAGGAGUGUCCAACGACAUCGAGGAAGAGCGGCCCGGCGGGGAGGAGUCCGCCUACAUGCACGGCGGCCUGGACGAGGACGACGUCCCGUCCAGCUACGAGCCGCGCGGCGUGCAGGUCCAGCUGGAGCCGGGCGACACGGCCGAGGGUUACCGCGGCUGAGCGCCUCGGGUCCACAACUCCAGGAGGGCCGUGGUUACAAAACAGAAACGCGUUGAAGAGGCUGCCGCGACAGCAUGGUUUGGUUGCCUCAGCUCGCAGCAGCGAUCACCCACAGCCCCCUCAGCACUUCUGCAGAAAACUAAAUAGAUCUUUGUGAAAGUGAGGAUAUGAUCAGUACUCCUCCAUUACUGCGUCGCUCUCUGAACUGUCAGGACGCGUUACAUGAGCUGCUGUCGCUGUGGGAUUAAACUCCUCGUGUUUUUGUUGUUUUUUUUUUUUAAACCCUCCUUUUUUUUAUUUCUUAACUUGCCUAAACGCUCAUGCACUUUUAACUCGACGUGCCACGAUAACGUAAACUUAACGUCCGCCACGAGGGGGGAACAGUUUCUCUGAAUACGUAUUGGGGUGAGAAUGGGGUGAGAAUGGUUUUGUUCCGAUUUCGCCUCUCGGUGGAGUCACAGUCCGGUCCAGUUCAGGUUCAACAGGUCAUUUCUUGAGAGAAGCUCAACGAUUCCGCACGAGCAAGCACAGUUGUCCGCACUGCAGAGGAACGCCGAGAGACGCCGAGCCUCGGAGUGAGGAGACCGGAGACGAGACUGCAUUAAGACAGAGGCCCCUGGAUUUCAGGCCUCAAGCCGAUUCCGUCGUGAAAUAACUCCGCUUUCCAGGACUGAAAGGGCCCGGCGUUCUGCUCCGCUUCUUUACUCCCACUACGCAGACAACCUCCCGCACGUCAGCAGUUACUGCAUUAAUCAACCUGCUUCUGAUUAUUUGCACUACCGUCCUCCAUCCGAUCCAGACGUGCUUCUCUCUAACCGAGCUGCUAGCUCCUUUACGUUACAUAUAAAGCAUCUCAUGCUGUCUUCUGCUGCAGAUGUGUGGAAUCGUCCCAAUGUUUGAGGACGGUUUUCAGUGUAAGUUUCCUAUUUGAACAGAUGUGUGUGAGUGUGUGCUCUGUACAUGCUUUUUGUUUUCAUCAUCUGUGCCAACGCAGCGACUGUUCAUAGAAGUGGAGCGAAUAAGGAAAAUGCAAUAUCAUGUUAUUAGUGAUUAUUGAUGAAAAUACGAGGUUUUCAAAAGGAAAAUGAUUUGAAUAGAAUUUCACCUUAUUGGGGAAAGUAGAAUGCGUGAGAACGUUGAGUGUGUUGUGAAUGGCACUUUAUUCACUGUCGGGAUAACUUCUGUAAGGGGUUUGUCUCGUUUUGUUUAUUUGUCCUCCCUUUUCAAAAAGCUGAUAACGUCUGUUCAGAGCGUAAUAAUAAUGUUUCUUGUGUUUUCGGGAAGUGCUGAAAAUAACUGCCUUUUUUUUUUGCGUCAGUUGCAUCACUUUUCUAAGACAUAUCUUCUAUGUCAAAUAAAGGCUUGCACUAAAUGUA